CCGACCUCUGCCGAUUUUCCCCCAUCUCGACAUCUUGACCCUUCCAUCUAUUCUUCUCUCCCACUCAAGGCUACCGUGUGCUGUGUGUGCUUCCACGGCGCAUGUGUAAAUUGUUUAUUCCUAUCAAUUCCAUAAAUCUCCUCCUUUCUCCGUUUCCCCCAUCUCCCAUUUCAUAAUGCUUAGCCGUGCCGUACUGCCUCUGACGAGGCCUAACGUCCUCGCAUCGACCGUCCGUGCUUCCACCAUCACCGUUCCUCACUCGCGCUGGUAUGCGAAGAACAGUAAAUCAAAACCUGCCUACAAGCUUCCCAACUCCAUUAAGGCCACACAGCCCAAGAAGCCUGCCGAGGCACCCAAGCAAGAAGACAAGCCCGCAGACUAUGCGGCCGAGCAAGUCGAAUUUGAUACCAAGGCCGACCCGCAGAGCAAUGCCUCUUCCGAACAGACCCCGCCUGAAUCACAUGCCCCCGCUUCCGAAGAAAAGGAACUCCCUCGCCAGCCCCUCCCCGAUCUCACCCAGGGUAUCCCCUCCACCCUUGCGGCUGAGCUGGAAGCUCGCCAGACCGGCCGUCCUUCGACCACUCUGAAUCUCACCGAGGAUCCCUCCCGCGCCGAAGACUACGCUGAAGAUGAGGGUCGCGGCGACCGAUCCAAAGACCACUACACUUCCUCCCUCGACCGCAAGCGCGCCCGCAUGGCUAAUCUGUUCUCCGCCCUGUUCUUGAUGGCCGGUGCCGGUGGAGUAGCCUACCUGGGCCGCAACUGGGAAAACGAGUUGGAAGAGCAGGCUCACCCCGAGACUCCGUCUGGCUGGGGAUUUGGUCUGUGGUAUAACCGCGCCAAGGCCCGUCUCAGUGACAUCACCAGCUACUACAAGGACCCGGCCUUCCCCAAGUUGCUGCCGGAUGAGGAUCCCAACAUGCGCCAGCCCUACACACUGGUACUGAGUCUGGAGGACCUGCUGGUACACAGCGAGUGGAGCCGUGAACAUGGCUGGCGGGUGGCCAAGCGGCCCGGUGUGGACUACUUCCUUCGGUAUCUGAACCAGUACUAUGAGCUCGUCUUGUUCACCAGUGUGCCCAGCAUGAUGGCCGACCAGGUGCUCCGUAAGCUCGACCCUUACCGGAUCAUCCGCUGGCCCCUGUUCAGAGAGGCCACCAGAUACAAGGACGGCGAAUACAUCAAGGAUCUGUCUUACCUGAACCGUGACCUCUCCAAGGUUAUCCUCAUCGACACCAAGGAGGAGCACGCCCGCUUGCAACCCGAGAACGCCAUCGUUCUCGACAAGUGGCGCGGCGACCCCAAGGACAAGACCUUGGUCGCUCUGAUUCCCUUCCUGGAAUAUCUCGCCGGUAUGGGUGUCGAGGAUGUGCGCCCCGUUCUCAAGUCUUUCGAGGGUACCUCUAUCCCUGUGGAAUUCGCCAAGCGCGAAAAGGCCAUGCGCGAGCGCUUCGAGCAAGAACUUGCCGAGGAGCAGAAGCGCCGCCCCCGCAGGGGUCUGGGCAGCUUCGCCUCGGCUCUGGGCCUGAAGUCCAACCGGACUCUGGACGGCGAGCAAAGCCCCUCGGAGGGUCUGGCCCAGGGUAAGAUGCUCUGGGAUCAGAUCCGCGAGCGCGGACAGAAGAACUACGAGAUGAUCGAGAAGGAGAUCCGCGAGAACGGCGAGAAGUGGCUGGCCGAGAUGGCCGCCGAGGAGGAGAAGGCCCGUCAGGAACAGAUGGCCAUGAUGAAGGGCUCCUUGACCGGCAUGUUCGGUGCUGGUGACAAGAAGCAGUAAAAGGCAUGACUUCAAAAAUCGAUUCGCUGCUCUUGCUUUGUGUUUCUUGAUCGAAUGAGCAUCAGCACCCCAUCAUGAUGUGCGUCAGGUAUGGGCGCUCGUUCUGAUCUGAGCGCCACCAAACAAAGGCCUCUGCCCCAGUCUCUCUCCGCUUUUCUCCUUCCCUCUCUCUUACUGUCGUUAUGUGUCACGUAUACCUGGGGUACAUUGUUCUCGGGGCCGGGGUUUUCUUUCAUUUUUCUCUCAAGAAGCAGGGGUUUUUUUUCCGUGAUCACGGGAUAAUUGUAAAAUAGGAAGCAUUUUCUUGUGUUGUCUUGUCCAUUCAAGGGGUAGGGUUAUGUAUAAACUGGAAAUAAAUUCUAAUCAUGUACUG